AUGCAAUCUCAUGAAGCCCCCGGCCCGCCUGGUGACAAGAAAGAAGAUGAGAAGGACGACCAGAAGGAAAACAAAAUGGAGGACCGUUUGCGAGAAAUGUGGGCAAAAGUCCUUCAACAGCCCAUUCACACACUUGAAGCAAGUUCGAAUUUUUUCCUAUCUGGAGGCGACUCUCUAUUGGCAAUACACCUAGGUGCUCUAGCUCACGAAAAUCUCUGGCACUUGACCUUCCAGGAUGUAUACACUCAUCCGAUCUUAAGCGACAUGGCCCAAAUGGUCCGCCCUCUGAAAAAGCUACCCCUCGAGUCAGACCCAAAGCCUCAGCUUGAAAUCCCAAACCCGGUUAGGUCCUUGAUUGCAAAGGAAGUCAAAGUUGACAGCAAUGUAAUCCAGUUCAUAUGCCCUGCUAGUGCAACCCAAGAGGGCUUCAUAGCCCUUGCUGCAACUAAUGGUGACGCGCACAUCAUCCGAUACACAUUCAUCGUUCCGCGUGAGGUCGAUCUCCCUCAACUCAAAGAAUCCUGGCGACGCGUUGUGAAGGCUCAUCAGAUCUUACGAACGCGUUUUUACCACACGGCGACCGGAAUGUAUCAGGUUGUGCUGAAUGAUGACUUUCAUUGGGAGACACAAGAUAUAGAGAGUUCUACCUCUAUCAAAGAUAAGAUCAACAAUGACUUUCAUAAUUUGAAUGGUCCACUGAGCCGCUUCUAUUUGCUGACCCAUGAUGACAAUUCUCAUCUGUUGGUAUGGGCUGUCAGUCGCGCGUUGACUGACGAUUGUACAAGCUCUCAAAUCUUUGCAGAAGUCCAUGCGGCGUAUGUACAUAAUUCUGAAAUACCUCCAGAGCGGCCUUUUAGUGUGUUCACCCAGGCAGAUGGCACCAUGCCUUUUGAGAAGAUCAGUUACUUCUGGAAAGAACAGUUAAAUCGUGGAACAGUUGUCGAAUAUCCAGUCUUACCAUUUUCACAGUUUCAACCCAUUACAAGUUCGCAACUCUUGGACCAAUUUUGUGUUUCCUGCCCUUUGGCUCCGUCCCAGUAUACCUUCGCUUUGAGGGUCCGAGCCGCGUGGGCAAUUACCGUUAGCGAAGUCACACAGUACCGCCAUGUACUUUUCGGCCUUAGCUUGGGUGGUCGUAAUGGAUUUCACAACGUGGCCGGUCCAACAGCGACGACUGUUCCUCUUCGUAUUCUCGUCAAGCCAGACCAGCCUCUUACUGAGUUCCUAGGGAUUCUCCAGCAACAAGCCCUGGAUAUGAUGCCGUAUGAACACACUGGAAUGAAUUGCAUUGCAAAAAUUGGGGCUUCCUGCCCUCGAUCAUACUCUUACAAGGUUCAGAAUUUGCUCAUCGUUCAAGUUCCCCAAGAUGUAAAAUCACGCCCCCAAGCGGGCAAUACGGGAUGGAUCUAUCCAAACAGAACUGAUACAGUUUGGCCAUAUGCGCUCGUUGUUCAUGUCCGACCUGAAGUUGCAGCGGUGGAGAUUUUGAUGGAAUACGAUGACAAAGUUUUUAACAAAGAGGAGAUACAAGGCCUCAUGACCCUUUUCUCACUCAUUCUCUUACGAAUUCUCGGAGGUCCAGAGAGUCAAACUGUCGGUGAGAUACUUACUGGGCUAUCACCUCCCACCAAGGGAACAGAACCUUGCCAAGAUGGCAGAAUGAUUGAGUAUUGCGGUCGCUCCUUCGAUGCUACAAAAAUCGAAAAUCAGAUAGCAGAUAUCAUUGGAAUUGAUCAGUCUUCAUGCUAUGUGAAGCUUCUCCAGCUCGGCAAGGAGGCGAAUGAUGUUGUUUUGAGCACAUUUAUUGACACAUGCAGCAGCGACGCUGAUGGCUUCGCGCAAUAUGUCUCAAUACUGGAGGCUGAGCUCGGCAAACAUCUUCCUACUCAUAUGACUCCAGGACUCUACCUUCCAUUUCCAAUUGUCCACGAGCUAUCACCUCACCAGCGACAGCUCAUCAACUCAAAAUAUUCACAGAAAACAACAUUCAACUCUUCAUCCUCAUUUGUCAUGUCUUCCAUUGGAUGCCUCACCCUUGCAGAAGAUAUACUCAUUGACUGCUGGGAGCAGGUUCUCGGUAUUAAAAUCGUCUCCUUAGAUGCAAAUUUUGUUUCGUUAGGUGGUGAUUCAAUCAAGGCUGUACGGCUAACCCAUGCUGCUCGAGUAGCCAACCUGCAAUUAUCAGUCAAUACUGUUCUCCGGAAGCCAGUGUUGAGGCACAUGGCUGUAGCUGCAUCAAUCAUUGAAAUGACACCCAAUAGAGAAAACGCCUUAUCAACAGCAUGUGAUCUCAGUGCACUCAAAGAAUCGAAGUCCUUUCUUGUCGACACAGGUGAAUGCAAUUCACAGGCGAUAUUUCCCGUCACUCCGUACCAAAAUUCAACAUUUUCCGAUUCUUUGCGUAAUUCAGGAAGCUGUGUGCUACAAAGUCUAUACAGACUCUACUCCGAAUUUGAUGUCAAGAAAUUUGAGCGGGCCUGGAAUCGGGUCUGUGUCGAAUUCCCUAGCUUGCGGACCACAUUAGUUCACGCCAAAAAUGGUAGCUUGCUUCAAGUCAUUUCCAGUGAAGUGACAAAGCCCGAGAAACUUCAAUUUGCAAACCUCGAUGACCUCAAAAAUCACAUGAAACAUAUCCUUCCUACAGUGACCCAGCUUGAUGCUUGCUUAAGCCAAAUCAUCCUAGCUGACGUUGGACCGCAAAAAGAACUAGAAAGGUACAUGGUGUUGUCCAUACACCAAGCCAUUUUCGAUGCUCACACCCUAGUGCGAAUCCACAAAGCUCUCAUACAGGCAUACCAUGAUGAUGGCAUUCUAACCCACUCUGUCGCACUUGGAGAGUAUGUUACCUUCCUUGAUAGCCAAAACACCGCCAUGGCAUCAAGAUAUUGGAGGCACUAUCUCAAAGGCGCAGAGGCAACAAUCUUCCCUCCCUAUCCAUCCCGUGAUUACAUUACCCAUCCAGAUCAGGAACAUAAAGUUAUUUUACGACUUCGACAAUCUCCAAUUCAGACAAUCACAAUUCCAACCGUCAUCCGGGCUGCAUGGGGAAUACUCUUAACAACCCUCACUCGCACCCGCGACGCAACCUACUGCGAGCUAGACAGUGGCCGCACAGCCAAAAAAGACAACAUAGAGCAUUACGCAGGUCCGACCUCAAACUUAAUCCCCAUCCGAGUCAAAGUCGAAAGCAAGCUGAAUUUGACGAUCCGAAACUUCCUGGGUGAGAUCCAAAUCCAAACUUCGAGAAUGAGACCCUACACAGGACUGGGGCUUGAAACGAUCGCAUCCUUCCUACCGGAAAAUUUCAAGCUCUUUGAUUUCCACAGCUUGCUUGUUAUUCACAAUGAUACUGGAAAGGAGAAGGUGCCGGAGAAGGAUAUUCCCAUGCGUGCUAUGAGCAGUUCUAUGAAAUUGGAUGGUUGUCUUGGACUUAUGUUACAAUGUGUUAUUACGACUGGGGGAGUGUGUAUGAAUAUUCGAUGGGAUGAGAUGUUGAUCUCCAACAGUCUCAUUGAGAUCUUAUGUUUAAGAAUGGAGUUCUUGUUACGGGCUAUGGUUGAGGGGAAUCCACUUGUCACUGUGGAGGAGCUUCGAGGGAAGUGUUGUUCCUUGUGA